AAAUGAUUAUCUUGCUACACGAAGUUACAUCGAUGGCUUUGUAUUUUCACAAGCUGACGUGGAAAUAUUCCAGUCAAUGCGAAAGCCACCUCUCGAUCAAUACUUCCACGUGGUGCGGUGGUACAGGCACAUUGCAGCAAUUUGGGAAUGCACCAAAGAUGGUGCCAAGACCUGUAGAGUCCACAUAUCUAAAGAGAAGAGAAUCCAGCCACCUUGGUCACCGCCAACAGAAGUAAAACAGCCUGAACUCCGGCUGUACAACAGUUUGACACGUAGUAAGGAGCUCUUCCGUCCUCAGAAUGGAAAGAAGGUGUUAUGGUAUUGUUGUGGCCCCACUGUUUAUGAUGCUUCCCACAUGGGACAUGCAAGGUCCUAUAUAUCCUUUGACAUCCUCAGAAGGAUUCUAAUGAACUAUUUCAAAUAUGAUGUGUUUUACUGUAUGAAUAUCACUGAUGUGGAUGACAAGAUUAUAAAACGAGCCCGGCAAAAUUACCUAUUUGAUCAGUAUGUGGAGAAAAAUGUGGAUCCUACUCAGCUUCUACAAGAUGUGAAAACUUCACUGAAGCCUUUUACUGUGAAACUCAAUGAAACUACAGAUCCAGACAAGAAGCAGAUGCUGGAGAAGAUAAAUAGUGCAGUUUUGUCAUCUCUUAAAUUACUGGAGGAUUCAAUGGAACAGGCAAAUCCAAACGAGGAGAUUAACAAGCAAGCCCAGGCCUUAUUGGUUGAAGCAAAGGAUAUAAUAUCUGAUUGGUUGGAUGCUCAGUUUGGAAGUCAAGUGACUGAUAACUCCAUCUUUACGAAGCUUCCUAAGUACUGGGAAGGAGAAUAUCACAAAGAUAUGGAUGCGCUCAAUGUUCUGCCUCCAGAUGUUUUAACUCGAGUGAGUGAGUAUAUUCCAGAGAUUGUACAGUUCGUCCAGAAAGUGGUAGAUAAUCACUAUGGGUAUGUCUCCAAUGGUUCUGUGUACUUUGACACAGUGAAAUUUGACAGCAGUGAAAAGCAUUCAUAUGCCAAACUGGUGCCUGAGGCGGUUGGAGACCAGCAAGCAUUACAUGAAGGAGAAGGUGAUCUGAGUAUUUCAGCUGAACGGCUUAGUGAGAAGCGUUCUCCCAAUGACUUUGCACUGUGGAAGGCCUCAAAGCCUGGCGAACCAUCCUGGGAUUCACCCUGGGGAAAGGGACGCCCUGGGUGGCAUAUUGAAUGCUCAGCAAUGGCAGGUACAAUUCUUGGAGAAUCCAUGGACAUCCACGGAGGAGGAUUUGACCUGAGGUUUCCUCACCAUGACAAUGAACUGGCCCAGUCUGAGGCCUAUUUUGACAACGACUACUGGGUUCGCUACUUUCUCCACACUGGGCAUCUUACGAUUGCAGGCUGCAAGAUGUCAAAAUCUUUAAAAAAUUUUAUAACCAUCAAGGAAGCACUGAGUGCAAAUACAGGUCGACAAUUGCGUUUGGCAUUCCUCAUGCAUUCCUGGAAGGACACAUUGGAUUAUUCCAGCAAUACCAUGGAAUCUGCGGUUCAAUACGAGAAGUUCUUGAAUGAGUUCUUCCUGAAUGUCAAAGAUAUUUUGAGAACCCCAACAGAUAUCACAGGACGGUUUGAGAAGUGGGAAGAGAAGGAGGUGGCACUUAAUGAACGGUUUUUUGAGAAGAAAGCAGAUGUGCACAGAGCACUCUGUGACAACAUAGACACACGCACGGUGAUGGAGGAUCUGCGUGCCCUUGUGAGCCAGUGUAACACAUACAUUGCAGUGAAGAAGAGUAACAAGGAGUUGCCAAAUCGCAUGCUGCUGAGAACCAUUGCAACUUACCUCUCAGAGAUGCUGAAGAUUUUUGGAGCAAUAGAGGGUGAAGAGGGACUUGGGUUUCCUGUUGGAGGAGAUGCUAAGAUUUUUAAUCUCGAAUCUACAGUGUUGCCGUAUCUGAAGGUAUUGUCAGACUUUCGUGAAAAUGUACGACAAAUUGCCCGCGAGAAGAAAGUCAUUGAGGUUUUGCAACUCUGCGAUACUGUUCGAGAUGACACCCUUCCUGAGCUUGGCGUCCGCUUUGAGGACCAUGAAGGGCUACCCACUGUGAUAAAAUUGGUGGACAGAGAGACAUUGCUGAGGGAGCGAGAAGACAAGAAAAAGAUUGAAGAAGCAAAGAACAAGAAGAAGGAAGAAGCCGCCCAGAAGAAAAAGGAACAAGAGGAGGUGAAACUAGCAAAGAUGAAAAUCCCUCCCAAAGAGUUGUUUCAGUUAGAAAAAGACAAGUAUUCAAAGUUUGACGAAACUGGAUUUCCAACUCAUGAUAAUGAGGGUAAGGAACUCAGCAAGGGACUGAUGAAGAAGCUUAGAAAAAUCUACGAAACUCAGGAAAAGUUGUAUAAUGAAUACGUGCAAACACUGCAGAGUAACAAUACAAACUAACUGUAUUGCCAUGACUGUUUCCAAGAACAAGAAGCACAAGAAAUGAAGGGAAUAAAUAAAGAUUAUUUUUUACCUUUGGUCAAAAUAAGGUGCCAUAAAGAACCAAUUCACAGGUGCAAAUAAAUCAGAAAUAGUGAAUGGUUAAUUUUGUUUUUAUUGAAUGAAGAAAUGAGUGAAAAGGAUGAGAGACUGAAGAACAUAACAUAAUUUGUUAUACAAUGCUGUUUACAUUCAAGACGGAUUUAACUCCAUUCUGGGUUAUUAAAUUCAAUAAUUCUUUGACAAUCCACAUUCUGUUGAGUUCAGUCCCUAUUAGCAGAUCUUCAUUAAAUAAUUGGUUACAUCAUUUAAGCUGAAGGCUGGCUGGUAUCUAAUAUAAACUCAAAUAUUACAACUAAAUAAAAGGAAUCUCACCAUGCUGCAGAUAAUCUAUGAAUAUAUAAUUCAGAUUAUAAUUCUGAAAAGCAAAGAAUUUAAUUUUGAGCAAUAUUAUUCAAUUUAGUCAGUAUAAAAUUAACUAACAUUGCACAAGUCUUGUCAUUGAGUAAAGCUUUGGAGGAUUAACAUGCUAAUUGCUUGCUAUUGUCUCUCAAUAAAGACGAUCACUUUC